AUGGCGCUCAACACGCACAGCCCUAUUGCCAGCCCUAUGAACGAAAUUAGGAGGUCGCCACGGGACACGCCGCAGACUUGGGGAUGGGUCAGCGCCGACGAGCUUCGUCUUUUACGGUUCUGCAUGUUGAACGUGGCAUUCGAACUGGAUAAGACGAGGGUGGACCGGACCUUUGCGGAAUAA